UCUGGUCCUCUCGGCACCCUUACGUUGCGGAGCGGCCGUGUGGAGGUUUGCGCUUAGUCGCCUUCUUGCCGGAAGUGGGGAGAGGAGGAGGAAGGUUAUUUGCCCUGGUGUGGGGCCUCGCUGAUUUCGGAUUCCUGGAUGGCGGCUCCGGAGGACCUGUCCCAUCAUCUUGAAGGAACUUCACGCUUUCUCCUGGCUGGCUUUUAGAACCAUUUUCAGAGAGGCGGAACGCCUGCAUUGUUGGCUCCAGGCUCUGCUACUCACUUGCUGUGUAUCCUGUGGCUUGUCUGAUUGGAAGCUCUAAAUCCGGUUCUGUUGUUUUCAACGUAAUCAAACAGACAGAAUGGAGGCACCUCCAGUCACCAUGAUGCCUGUCACUGGGGGCACCAUUAACAUGAUGGAGUACCUACUGCAAGGGAGUGUCUUAGAUCACAGUUUGGAAAGCCUCCUCCACCGCCUUCGUGGUCUGUGUGACAACAUGGAACCUGAGACUUUCCUUGACCAUGAGAUGGUGUUCCUCCUUAAGGGCCAGCAGGCCAGCCCGUUUGUCCUCAGGACCCGGCGCUCUCUGGACAGGGCAGGGGCACCCUGGCAUCUGCGCUACCUGGGACAGCCAGAAAUGGGCGACAAGAACCGCCAUGCCCUGGUGCGAAACUGCGUGGACAUUGCCACGUCUGAGAACCUCACCGACUUCUUGAUGGAAAUGGGAUUCCGCAUGGACCAUGAGUUUGUCGCCAAGGGACACCUGUUCCGUAAGGGCAUCAUGAAGAUUAUGGUGUACAAGAUUUUCCGCAUCCUUGUGCCAGGAAACACAGACAGCAUUGAGGCCUUGUCACUCUCCUAUCUUGUGGAAUUAAGUGUUGUUGCCCCGGCCGGCCAGGACAUGGUCUCUGAUGACAUGAGGAACUUUGCUGAGCAAUUGAAACCUCUGGUUCACUUAGAGAAAAUAGAUCCCAAAAGGCUCAUGUGACUACGUGAGUCUGUCUGUCCCUCACCCCUGUUAGAAAAAAGAUGAUGUAAAUGCUUCAUUUCACCACUGCCAGGCAGGCAUUAUUCCUUCAGGAAGAAGGGUGGUGAGGAUGUUGUUAGUUCUGUGCAUGUUUUCUUCAUGUGGUGGUUUCACUUUCAUGGUGACUUUGUGUGUGCGUGUGUGUGUGUAUUGAAGCCAGGGCCUUUAUACUGAGCUACAUACCCAGCCUUUUUUUGAGACAGGGUCUCGCUAUAUGGUUGAGGUUGCCCUUGAACUCACUAUGUAGUCCAGGCUGGUCUCAAAUUUGUGGUGAUCCUCCUACCUCAGCCUCCUCAGUGCUGGGACUACAGGCAUGCUACACCUGGCUUGCCUUUUUAAAUUAAAGUCUCAGAAUAACAAGGAGAAUCUGGCUAAUCCCUCUGCAUGAAGAGGGAAAAUUGGAGUAAAUUAACUUUUGUAUUUUUUUUUGUAUUGGAGUAAAAUAGCUUUUGGCAAGAAGUCUUGUUUCCCCAUUUGUGAUAAGGCAGCGAUGGCAAAUGUUUUAGAUCUUUCGAUGAUACAAACAGCGCACUGUGGCACAUGUGCCAUAGAUUUGCCACCACUGAUAUAAAGGUUGUAAUGUAGAGUCUAAGUUCGUGUUGUAUAGUAAUAAAGGCUAUAACGAGAAA